GAUUGGUUGGUGUGGUUACUGCGGAAGAAGCUUUCUGUCGUCAUGCGCAGACUCCAGUGUUUGCGGCAGUGGGAGCAAGAUGGGAUGGCUGGGGCUGCCGCUCGGGUACCUGCUGCUAGGAGGACAAGGGCUUCUUCUUAUGUUUUCCCUUAUAGCCUCGCAAAACCAAAGCAGCCCUGUCACUCCCCCUGAGCCCAACACCAGCACCACUGCUGCACCCAGAGAUCCCCGGGGACCCUUGGUAUUGUGCAAGUUCCUGUGAGUGUCCCUAGUCCUGUAUGUGUGGAGAGCCACUCAUGCUCUGAUCCCAUGUUAACGUGUGGCAGUCAGUGAGGCCUGUUUGGGGUUAUUGUUCCUAUAAUGCUUACCAAAGGCCAUUUUAUGGCUCAUUAAGACAUGUUUUAAAAAUAUAUUAUUAUUAUUAUUAUUAGCUCAAGUUCUUAAGAUAAGACACAUCAUGGUCAGAUGUAACGCCCAACAAAAUGGUUAUUUUAUUUUUUUUUUAGUUCUUAAAUAUCUUUCCUAUGAUGAGGAUUGUAGAAAAACAAGGAUGGUCUGGGCAGUUAUUAGGCAGAUUUAUUGGAAUAUAAUAUAACAAGCAAGCAUCAAUUUGACAAAGACCUCAAUUAGAGGUCUUUCUUGCACAUCUGAUGUUUUUAUGCAUGAUCAUGACUAAAGAUAACUACACAUAAUAAUGACAUUAGAGGAACUUGUAGAUGCUGGUCCCAGGAUGGAACGGAUUUCAGGGUCAAAUAAUGUACCUAUCUCUGUGGUGUUUAGUUCUGGGUGUGCUCACAAUCAUGGCUUGUACUGGGUACAGAGGUUGCAACCAGCCCAGCAGAAUGGGAUGAGGCAUCUGUCCGCUGGGGCAACCUGUCACAGUGGUCAGUUGAUGGGCAACCACAAUCUGAAUCGGUGGACUGUCUUAUUCCUAAAGCAUCUUGCAAUACCAUGGUAGAUGUCACUAUUGGCAUGCAUCUUUACUCAAACAACAAACCGCUUUGGUAUCUUGAACGAGUCAUUUGAUGCAUGUGGCAGUAAUCUGCAAGGCUAUUGCCUGUUUUUGCUGCUAACAGUGAUACCCACUUUUAUGGGAAGGUUUAACUUCAGAACUGGUGCUAGAGACAGUAUGUCACAAAACCAAUAAGUGGCAGGGAGAUACCACUGUCACAUGAGAGUAAGUUGAUUUCCUUUGCAUUUGAUUCACAGUUGGUCUAAGUACCACUACUGCAUGAUGUUUAGAGAACCUUGAUCCCACUCUCAUUUCUUAGAUUGAAAAAAAAAGUCACCAGGGCUGUCAAUAAAGCAGCUUGGAAAAUGUUGUUCUGGCCUGCUCAUUCCUGAUUGGAAAAACAGGAAAUCACAUUUUUCAUAGAUAAACAUUUUAAGAAGACCUUAAUUGACUUGAUGAAUGUGCAAAGGAGAUUAUAAAGCACUGUUUUGCAGCUACAUCUGUACUAAAAAAAAGUUACUGGUUUCUUGUGUUUCAUAAAUGUGUGCUUUACACUGUUUUCGUAUAAUAGAAACAUAGAAUGUGACGGCAGAUAAGAACCAUUUGGCCCAUCUAGUCUGCCCAAUUUUCUAAAUACUUUCAUUAGUCCCUGGCCUUAUCUUAUAUUUAGGAUAGCCUUAUAAUAACAUAUAUUCUCUUAUGUAUAACUUGUACUCAAUAGGCCUGAAGAAUUCAUAGAAUGUGAUGAUCCAGUGGACCAUUCUGGGAAUUUAACAGCAAAACAAGAUCUGACUUAUGGCUGUUCAAAGGUGAAUAUGACUGCAUUACAUUUAUGUGACGGUUAGCAUUUAAAGGGAUACAAUAGGCGCCAAAAAUAAAAUUAGCUUAAUGAAGAAGUCUUGGUAUAUACAUCAUGCCCCUGCAGUCGCACUGCUUAAUUCUCAACCAUUUAGGUGUUAAAUCACUUUGUUUAUACAGCCCUUGUCACACCUCCCUGCUUGUAACAUGUACAGUAUGCCUAAGUACUUCUUGUCAAGAGAGCUCUAAUGUUUAAAUAUCCUUUAUUGCACAGUCUUUCAUUUAGAAUAUGUGCUCUGUUAAUAGCCUGCUUGACUCUGAAACAGUCUCCUGUGUGUGACUAAAGUUCAAUUUGCAGAGCAGGAGAUACAGACUUCUAAAGCUAGUUAACAUCUAAAUGAAAUGAAACCAUUUUUUCAUGCAGGCUUUGUGAGUCAAAGCCAGGCGAGGUGCUACAUAAACAAAAGUAAUUUAACUAUUAAGUGGCAGAGAAUUGAACAGUAAGACUGCAGGGGCAUCAGCUAUACACUUAAACUGCUUCAUUAAGCUAAAGUUGGUUUGAUGCCUAUAGUAUAUCUUUAGUACUACAUCAGUGCCAAGUUCUCACAGCAGCCCAAUCUUCCUCGGCUAACGUCAGCUGACGUCACUCCCAUGAAAGUAGACAAAUGUCAAAGACGAGGAUAGGGCGGCACGAGGUGGUGGACAUGCCACCAUUGGUUGUCUCUUGACAGCAUGAUCUGCGUGCUGAUGACAAGCACCAGAUAUGUACAGAUUUCAUAUUAGCCAGCCCAGAACUCUUGUUAAUUAACUAAUAACGGCCAAAUUAAGCCUUUCGAGGUUGGAGUUACACCUCCAGCAGGGGAGAGGUUAAACUUUAUGUAAAGCGAAACACUGCACAUACAGGCUCCAGGCAUCAUGGCCACUGCAACUCAAUAACUGAGGUAUUCAUGGUGCUUGGAGUAACCCUUUAAGGACAGGUAUGAUUUUCUAAUGACACAUAUAUAUUUCUGUAACUCAUCAUCUACUUGGAAUCCAUUUUUAAAAAAACAAUAGAUUAUCUGCUGAAGCAGCUGAUCAUUCUGAAGUGAGUGUCCUGUAUACCUUGCAUUUGUUUUGUUUUUUUCAUAUAAAAAGGUAACAACUUCACUUGGGUUAUAUCUCCAGAGUCCAUCUGUGUUUUAAUUUUUUUUAAAUCUUUUAAAUUAUUAAAUGCAUACCCAUAUGACUUUAAAUGUGUUAUGGAAGGGGAAUCAUUUCUGAUCAUUUGUUUUCCUGAAAUACAGCUGUGUUUUUUUUUUUUUUGUUUUUUUUUUAAGAUCGGAGGGCAGGCAUAUGAUGACGUAGAGCGCACUGAGGUUGUGUGUAGAGCUCUUGAAGGCAUAGAAUGUGCUGAGGAACGAAUCUUUCGUCGUGGCGGUGUACCAUGCAUCAAGUAGGUGAUUACAAACUGUUCCAUUGGUGACAGAAUAAGAGAGCAAUGUGAUUAAAAUGAUAAUUGAGAAAGUAAUGGAGAAAAAGUAGAGGAUGAUGGGCGUAUAAUGGGAAGAAAGUAACAAAGAUGAAGGAGAAACUAAGAAAGGUAGUAGAAGGAAUGAGUUGGGUAGUAGAUAAGAAAGUUGGGAUAGGGGAAUGAGGUGGGAAAUAUAUUCUAUUUAUAUGAUUAUUUAUAUAUGUAUAUAUAAUUGAUUAUUUCAAUUAUUGUUUUCUCUGUCCAAAUAGAUUCACCGGUCACUAUUUCAUUACCACCUUGCUCUACUCCUUCUUUUUGGGCUGCUUUGGUGUGGAUCGAUUCUGCUUGGGGCACACAGGGACUGCUGUGGGCAAGCUCCUCACUCUGGGUGGUCUGGGUAUCUGGUGGUUUGUGGACCUCAUCUUGUUAAUCACUGGUGGUCUCAUGCCAAGUGACAACAGCAACUGGUGCACAAUUUACUGAUUUAUGCAGUAAGGGCAUGUCAUUGGAUGCUAGUGGGUUUACCCAUCACGAUUAUUGGACUAAAGCGCUGAGAAUCUAGCCAAAGAUGCACUUUUUGUUUUUUUCAAAACGCAGUUAAAGCAAGUACAUUCAAAAUUGUCAACCCAGAAAUGUGUUGGCUUUUCAGCUGCCUGUGAAAGUACACUAAGGAAGCGAUAAUGACCUUGCAAGAUGGUCAGCCAUUUGUAAUAUAAUAUGUAUAAAUGUGGAUAGUGUUCAUGCUGUGUAUUGGGGGGGGGAAUUAAAAAGAUUUCUAUUGUAAUUUAAUUGUGUUGUGACUGAUAAUAUGCAC